CGAAAGCUCAUUGGCAGCAUCCAGUGUCAUCGCGGAGCUCGAGACGCGCGCUUCGUUUUUCGCGAGGGAGGUUUCAACGUUUCCUUCGAUCGGUCUAUUCGACGUAUCGCGAUUACGAACUCGGUCCGCGUCCCACCGUUUGGGUACAAACUCAUCGACUAUCGGGCUCUUGGUCGUUUCCUUUUCGAAUGCCUGCCACGAGUCGAUAUAUUAUUUUCGCUUAAAGGUAACAACGGAAAUUCGGUGAUCGUUAGAUUUUUUGUUUACGUGGAUGCCGAUCGUUGCAAGUGAACGCGCGAUGUCCAAGUUUGUUGGUCCUUGGUGAAGUUUUACACGUUAUCGGGAAGACGACGGAACAAAGUUGUGGACGAAAUCAUCGCGAGGAUCGAUGGAAGUAGUGCGCGAGGGUACGACAGGAACUCGAAAACGGCAGGGAAUAGAGAUGUCGAUCGGAGUUUCGAGUGACUGAGUAACGCGAGCAAGUGGCCUUCGGACAACCGAUGACAGCAGAUAGUAGCACGUGUUCCCGGCGUACUUUGGCCAGGACUUGAAUUCACCCUGAGAGAAUUUCUUCAAGACGAUGUUGUGAAAAGUGUGCAAACAGCCGUGCAACGCUCGGAAUAUAAAUAACGUGGCUCCGUUGGGAAAGAAAGUCGAAGGAUUACCACCGUGACCCGGACAAGAGCGUCUGAGAUCCCGCGAGCCUCGCUCGAAGUACAAGACGUAAACGUCGUUAGGAUGGUUCGAGGGUGAAAUUGUCAAGAGACGCUCAUCAGUAUGCUGUGGAUAUUGAUCGCAGUGACGUGCAUCGAGCUAUCGACCUUUGCCAACGCACAGUCGAAAAAAACUACGUCCAUGCAAGAAGAUGCGAACAACACCGAACCAGAUCAUCCGAUACCCAUGGAGUCGAUACAGGGAGUGGCAGGGCAGAAAGCAACUUUGCCCUGUAAUAUACAACCCCGUGAGCCCAACGACGCCGUCUCUAUGGUACUGUGGUUUAAAGAGGACAGCGGCGAGCCUCUCUACAGCUACGACGCGAGAAACCGACAAUUUGGCAAAGCAAAGCUGUGGAGCGCCCCUCAUUUUUGGGGAGAGAGGGCGUCUUUCAGAGCAAGCCCGCCCGCUCAGCUGACUAUUCGAGAUCUGCGGGAAAGCGAUCAGGCAGUUUACAGAUGCAGGGUGGACUUUCGCAACUCGCCAACCAGAAAUCUCAAGGUCAAUUUCACCGUCAUCGUGCCGCCAGCGAAGCCGAUAAUCUACGACGCGAAGAGAAGAGACAUGAGCAAACUUCUCGAGGCCUAUCCCGAAGGAGCUGACCUGUUCCUUGUCUGCGAGGUUCACGGAGGUAAACCAAGACCCCGAGUCACGUGGUUUCUGGAGUCGCAGACAAUCGAUGCGCCGUCGGAGAUUCGGGAGACCCAAGGGCCAGGAGGCGAAACCAACGUCGUAACCAUAAGCAAUGUGACGCUGAAGGGUCUCACGAGAAGUCACUACCACGCCAAACUGUUCUGCAAAGCAAGCAAUACUCAUUUAGCACCGCCACCCACUACCGCCGUUAUCAUCGAACUUCACAUGAAACCAUUGAAAGUGGAAAUUAUGGGCAAAGACAAAAUCCUAUCAGCGGGGAAGAAAUACGAAACAAGAUGUCAGAGCACGGGGUCGAAACCACCGGCUGUUUUAACCUGGUGGAAGGCUUCUAAACAACUCAAGAGGACCAUUAAAAACUUUCAGGAAGAUGGAACAAGCGUCAGCGUGUUACAAUGGACACCAUCGAUCGAAGACGAAGGAAAAUUUCUCGUGUGCAGGGCAACGAAUCCAAAGUUACAAGACGCCGGCAUCGAAGAACGAUGGAAGCUAAAAGUACACUUUGCCCCUGUCGUCGCUCUGAAGAUGGGCUCCUCGUUGAAUCCAAAGAACAUCAAGGAAGGCGACGACGUUUACUUCGAGUGCAACGUUAGGGCGAAUCCUAGAGCUUACAGAUUGACAUGGUUUCACGAGGAAGAAGAGCUCCAUUACAACGUUACCGCCGGCAUAGUACUCUCGGACCACUCUCUGGUACUUCAAAGUAUAACUCGAGAAUCCGCUGGAAGGUACACCUGCAUGGCCGUCAAUGUCGAGGGUCGUGCUAGUUCUAACGUAGUGAAUCUCGAGGUUAUGUUCGCUCCUGUGUGCAAACACGUUUUAAACUCGGCUGGUUGGAGGUAUCAGAACGCAACGCCACCACCUCUCAACGUUCCCGAAGAGGUUCACGGUGCCUUAAAGCACGAAACCAUCAGCUUAGUUUGCGAGGUUGACGCAAGCCCAACCUCCGUCUCCUUCCACUGGACGUUUAACAGCAGCGGUGAUCUCAGCGACAUUCCGUCCACAAAGUAUUCUAACGAAGGCACCUUGAGUAGACUCAAUUACACCCCAUCAUCCGAUAUGGAUUACGGAACAUUGGGUUGUUGGGCUAGCAACAUCGUGGGUCCCUCGAAACAACCAUGCAUCUACCAAGUGAUCGCAGCAGGCAGACCGUACCCGUUGCAAAACUGCACGGCGUACAAUCAGACCGGUUCACGGAUCAGAAUAUCUUGCGUGGAAGGAUACGACGGUGGUUUGCCGCAAAAAUUUGUCGCGAUUGUGGACAAGCAACGACUGGAAUCGCCAAAUCCUUACUGGGAGUUGGAACUUCACAAGCCAACGACGGUCGCUCUUUACGCGGUCAAUAUGAAGGGCUCCAGUGAUCCGGUGAUCAUGGAAGGAGAAGCUCUAAAAGGAGUGGCCAAGUUCACCGGCGAAUCGACAUCUUCGGUGGAUAUGUCACCGAUCCUGAUUGGCCUAGGGGGUACCGCAACCGGUUUGGGUCUAAUCGUGACCGGAGUAUUAAUGGCGCUUUGGAGGAAACACGCGGCCACUCCGGCAAAGCCAAAACCACCCCAACAACCGAGUAUCGCGACUUUUGCUACCAAAGGCGAAGAGGAAGAUGGGAAUCCUGAUCUCAUACCAACUACAGCCUUGACCAAUCAUUUCACAGAUAGGAAGCUUCUACAUUACGGUUCCUUACCGCGGAGGCCACGACAGCUAGAAGGCCGAGAAAUAUCCCACGAUGUUAUAGAAGACUCAGAUUAUCCUCGAGCAUCGCCGAACACAUUUUAUAGUCUUCAGAGGCCACAUCGAUAUUCGGAAACGGCAAUCAGAAGCGCCGUGAUCCAAGAAAGCUGCAUCUAAAGAUCGGCGAAGAAAGGAAACAGUGUUGUAAUUACAAGGAAAGGAGCAUAGUCACGGACUUGACACUUGACACACUCCGAAUAGGCUACGUUCUGUCGCAACACAUGAAAAUCAAAAAGACUAAAGCCAUGCUUAUGCAACAUUGUACACGUUUAAGCGUACGAAGAUAUUUAUUAGCUACUCGAUAACAGUAUGCCUUUGUAAAUAUUGUAUAUAAAUAAAACACAUCGAUUUCGUGUUACGCGAUUGCAUUACGAUACUUUCAACGGUCCUCGAUCUCAGGUAAACGUUCUUAAUGACUAAAUAUGCUAAAUAAGAAUUCGUAGAUACGAAAACGAGAAACUUUGAACGCGAUAAGAAGAAUGAACGAGAAAACAGUGUUUCUAUCAAUUUGUUCUUACAGCUCAGCCAAACUACCUCUUCCAUAGGUAGAUUUUUACGUAAAAUACUCGCAAACUAAAAGGAAGAAGUCAUUGGAUUCGGAUCGAGCCCUGGACUAUUUCCGCAAGAGAUUUAAUGCACCCAUGGACGUUAAAUGCACUCUGCAAAAAGGGAAUGGCGCUAUCUCGUAUAGUAGUCGAGAACAAAGCUCGAGAACGUAUAUCUUCGAAACAGACCAAAAGGUGAUCGCAUAAACUCUGCUCGGUUGCUGUUGAAAUUUAGGUCAAGGAAAGGACGCGAUUUAUUGUGGCCCCGUUUCCAGAUAAUCUUUGUUUCAAGACGCGAGAAACUCAGAUACCUAAUGAGAAUCUUCUUCUAUCUGUUUUCUCUGUUUCACGUUGCAAUCUUUGUGUCUUUUAUCACGGCUAAAUAUAUCGGACUGACCUAGUCAAGCAGGUUACUUACGGUAGAAAUCUCUUCGAUCGAGCAUAUAAUUUCUCGUAACGUUCCUUCCAACACCCUCGUAACUAAAGAUUUUCGAACGAGAAUCUCAAUAGCCUAUUCUUCCAUGUGAAAUCCGAGAGUGGAUAUAAGUAUUAUACUUUUAGAUACAAAAACCAACAAAAGCAAGCUUUCGCUAGAAAAUUUCACGCUUUCGAUUACCUUAACGUUUUAAAAACAAUUUACCUUUAUACCUCUGUAAAAAAAUAAAUAAUUAAUACAAAUUAUGCAAAAUACAAUUGAAAUCAUAAUAAAUCUCUCCUGGUUGAUAUUUGCCAGAAGUUGGUACUGAUUAAAGUAAAAAAAAAAAGAAAAGUAAUUUUAAAUUGUUAAAAUUUCAUUAUAAUUUUUAAUUUUAUCUUACUAGUAUUAUCUUUCGCAUAAUCUUUAUGCUUCGCGAUACGCCCAAUUUGAUGCUUAUCUCUGUUCGAAUAAUCCAACAGAAAGACAGCACUAUAUUUGCCAUUUUACCGAGAAUUGUAUCUUUAUUCGUUAUAUGUAAUGCUAUAGUGAAUAGUGGGAAUUGAAAAUUGUCAUAAAAUUUCUAGAACGCGAGUGCUGUUGCAAUUUUAAUUUUACACUAGUAGAUGAUCAAAAUAUCCACUCAGAGUAAUCGGACAACCCGUGAAUAGAAUAUUCAUUCUAUUUCACAACUAUAAUUUAAUACAUAUAUGUAGCCAUUAAAUAGGAAAUUCUCAAAGCAAAUCACGAUGACCACAUUAUCAUUUUGUUAAUAUUAAUUAAUCUUUAUUAUUGAUAGAAAAAAACAAAAAGAAAAGAUAGAAAAUUCCCGUGUGAAUUAUUUACGCAACACUAAUAAUUAUUAAUCUAUGCACUCAGAUCAAUAUGUUCGCAACACUAAUAAAGUAAUAGCGAUCCAAUGUAACCAUAUAGAUGGCUAGUGACGAAGCUGCGUCAGAUGAUCCAGGAACAGAAACGUGCUUCCACGGUUCAGUGGAAGAAGAUUGGGCAUAAUAUAGGCGCAACACUACUUUAAAAAACGCGAUCAUUCGUCAACGCAACUCUAACUAGAAAACUAAUUUAAAAGUUCAAAUCAAAAAAUUCGUUCAAAUAAUUGACACUAUAAAUUAUUGAAAUUACAUUACAAAAAAGACAAACUGACACUGAAUAAGAAAUUUAUUUAAUACUUGCUGAAAGUUAAAUAUUAAUACAAACAACCUCAGGCAAUCCCUUCGUGAAAGCACAUUUUCGAAAGUAUGCAAACAGUAUUCAAAACUUGUUGCUUUGACACUAAAAUUUGCCUGUCGCGAAAUUUCUUCUUGCACAUAAAAUUCAAUACAUUUCUGUACGGCAGGAUUGAACUUUAGUAUCUCUAUAUGUAUAUUUUAAAUCAAUAUGCAAAUUCAAAAAUGAAUAUGAAAAGACUAUAUGAAAUAUAAUUUGUUCUUAAAAACAUAUUUUUGAUUGUUAGGAAGUUUGAUAUAAUGAAAAAUAAAACAACUCCAAACUCUAGCCAAAUUUGAAAUUUUAAUAACAAAGUGAAUUAAAAUUCGAAUAAAGUUUAAUUACUACAGAAAUUGUAAAUUCUAGAUGUAAAAUCUUCAUUAAAUUAUAAUAAAUUAUUAAAUAAAAACGUACAUUAAUUAGACGAAGUUAACAGUAGCGUGAGUUUGGGCGGUAAAAUAAUAACUACGCGUGUAAAUACGUACUACAGAGUAGGAAAGGAACACUAGUCACGGAGUUAUACACACAUCUAAUCGCUCCGAUUUUCGUCGGUAGAAUGACACCGCGCCACGAUUUACCCGACAAAGUUCGGUUGGCGGAGAGUGGGGAGACAAAUCGAGCGUGCAUGAACAAGAGUUGUCAAAUUCUUGAAAAGGAUAUGUUUUCAACGAUUUGAUAUUACGUGCGAAGUGAAAAAACAAUAAUACGUUAGACUGAAACACAACGCGGAGAUUGUAAACACACAGGAGCUAAUAUAUGUAAUUUAUACGAAGAAAAUUAAAAUAAAAGAAAACGAAAUUAUUAUUACCGUAAAAUCGAACGAUUAUCAAACUUUUCGUUAAUGAUUAUAGUUGAAUGUAUGACAAAAAGGGGAAAGAAAGCAAAAAGAUAGGAAAGAGAAAAGAGGAGAAUGAACAAAAUUAAGGGGAGUGAAAAGAAAAACAAUUUCACUUCAACAAUACGUGACUUGUGCUUCUCAGUGUAUGUAUACAGUGACUUCGAUCGGAAACUAGCAACUGUCUAUUCACAUUCAUAUAGAAAAACGACAAAUUGCUAUAAAUCGUAUUAGAUUAUGAAUAAAAAAUAAACCAAAUUAAGAUUCUCACCAUUUCGAAGCAAUGACUUGGUGUUGUAUAUUAAAUUUUUCACAUUUAUGACGAGCUCUCGACAGUUGCUUCCCUUUUCAAGAUGACGCCGCGCGAAAUGGUGUAAUUUCAAAUUUUUAUUUCACAAUUGACCACAAAAGUGCGCUUGGUUCAGGAACGUAUCACGUUUUAUUAGUAACCGGUUAUUAGCCGGAUUUUCUUGAAAUUUAUUUCGAUAUCCAUUUAUUUAUAUGGAAAUACGAUAAAUCGCUAUUAAUUGUGUUAGCAUAUUGUAGACUAGUCGUUUUAUUACUAGCUAUAUUAAGGGUAUAGUUAAUUGUCUCUCUCUAAAUCACAACGAUAAAAAUACAAAAAUUUUCGUAACCGGCCUCAAGUAUUAGAAUAAGCACAAGAAUUUUUACGAACGUGACGUGUCCGCAAUAUGUUAAUACCUGUGCAUAUAAAACGAUUCAAAGUAGGAUUCUUACCAUUUUGAAGUAAUGAUAUGUCGAUAUGUAUUAAAUUUUCCACAUUUAUAACGAACACUCCUCAGUUACUUCCUCCUUUCAGUAUGACAACGCGCGAAAUGGAUUUCAAAGUUUAAUUCCUAAUUCUGUCACCAGAGCGCAAAUUACUCAGGCAACAAAUACAUUAAUUGCACCCAUCAUUGAAUAUUGCGGGACAGUUGAACAUCUCUGGGUAGGUGACUCAUCGACUAAGGUUAGGUGACUCCCAAAACGUGGAACACGAAAAAGCACUGAAUGUCAGAUCUAUCUUGUAC